CUAAUUGAAGUCGUCACAAGCUGGAGCCACUGGAGUUUUACAGAGAAGAAAUGUAUCUUUAAUUUUCCACAACUGUCACCGGAGUGUAAUAGAACUUGUACAUUGUAUCAUAAAUGUAGUUUUAGAGAUAUUAAGGUUAGUUGUUGUGUCUUUCUAACGACAUGUCCUUGUGUGGAGGUCGUCACUUUACUCACAACAAGCUGAACUGUUUAAAGACUAUUUUCAACUGUCAGUGGGAUGAAAGCUGGAAUCAGAGCAUCAUCACACAGACUGAACUCUUUGGCCCUGCUCUCCUUUAGAAAGAGACCAUAAUGAAAUCACUUCAGUCCUUCAACACCAAAGCCUCAGGUCUCAGUCUCCUGCUGCUGGAAUCAUCACAGAGUCUGGAACUCAUUCCUGUCCCGUUUUCAGAUAAGGACAUGAGCAGCACUUUUCGUGACACACUGCAGGUUCGAGCCGGUCGCACAAAGAGCCCAUUCAACCAGCGGGGCAGAAAUAUCCUUUCAACGCAGAUGCCAUCUCUCCAGCCACGUACGGGACACUCGAGAGAGACGUGGCAAUAAUAAGCCUGGAAACUUCUUGGCAGCUCGCGGCCAGACACGGCUCAGAUGUCCCCUGAACACCUGGCCAGCAGGCUGCCACUCCAAUCCACACCCUCUCCCCAGCUACCUGUGCAACUCGGACAGGUGUGUGAUAGAAGCUCAGUUAGGCUGAGAAGAGUAAAAUAAGAAACUUCUAACUUCUAAGAUGUUCAACCAAGAGGUGAAACUAAGUGGAACUUUACACUACUGACAGGAGGAUUCUUUCUGUUGACAACGUGGAGCUGCUUCAUCUGCUGUCCGGAUGGUCAUUGCUGCUGGUGGAUGCCUUCAUCCUGUCUGGACACUGACAUCUGGAUGAUGUGCCAGUCCAAAGGGGACGGUAAGAAACCAAAUCAAAGGAAACUUAACUAAGAAGGAAUAUGUAUUUAUUGAGAACUACAUCAAAGAGAGCAUGAAGACGGAGAUGGCUCAACUGCAGCAGAGCGCCGUCCACAACCACACAGCAGCCAUGUUGGAAAUGGGCACCAACCUUCUUUCUCAAACGGCUGAACAGACGCGCAAGUUAACAGACGUUGAGACGCAGGUCCUGAAUCAGACAUCCAGGCUUGAGAUCCAGCUGCUGGAAAAUUCUCUUUCCACUAACAAGUUGGAGAAAGAGUUAAUGAUCCAGACCAAUGAGAUCAGCAAGCUGCAUGACAAGAACAGCCUCCUGGAGCAGAAGAUGUUAGAGAUGGAGAUGCGACACCAUGAGGAGCUGGAGACGCUGAAGCAGGAGAAAGGGAGUCUCCAGACUCUGGUGGGGAGGCAGACCGGGGUCAUCGGGGAGCUGGAAGCUCAGCUGAACCGGGCCACGGGAAACAGCACGGCCCUGCAGAUACAGCAGCAGGAGAUGAUGGACACCGUCCAUAACCUGCUCAACCUCUGCUCCAAAGAUGGAGUCGUGCCUAAUAGCACAAAGGUCGCAGAAGAAGAGAAGAAGUUCCGCGACUGUGCCGACCUCCACCAGGCUGGCUUCAAUAAGAACGGAGUCUACACCAUCCAGAUCAACCCUCAGGAGACCAAAAAGGUGUAUUGCAACAUGGAAACAGCCGGCGGCGGAUGGACGGUCAUUCAGCGCAGAGAAGACGGCAGCUUGGACUUCCAGAGAACGUGGAAGGAGUACAAGACGGGUUUUGGGAGCUUGCCUGCGGAGCACUGGUUGGGGAACGAGUAUGUUUACCAGUUGACCAGCCAGAGACAGUACGCCCUCCGUGUAGAGCUGACGGACUGGGACGGACACCAGGCCUUCUCACUAUAUGACCGCUUCCAAAUCGGCAGUGAGAAGCAAAACUACAGGCUGUUCCUGAAAAGCCACAGUGGGACCGCAGGCAGACAGAGCAGUCUGGUAAUCCACGGAGCAGACUUCAGCACCAAGGACAUGGACAAUGACAACUGCAUGUGCAAGUGUGCCCUCAUGCUCACCGGUGGUUGGUGGUUUGAUGCCUGCGGCCCGUCCAACCUUAACGGCAUGUACUUCACCCAAGGACAACACGUGGGGAAGCUGAACGGUAUCAAGUGGCACUACUUCAAGGGUCCCAGCUACUCGCUACGAGCCACGGUCAUGAUGAUCCGCCCCCUGGACUUCUCCUAGUCUUUUGAACUUUUAACUUCCAAACAGCUAUGUAGCACAUUAGAGGGACGCUUCCCAUUUUAUCCUCUUGUCUCAUCUCAUUUCGCCGCCCCCACCGGGAGAGUCGUCCAAUGAAUCUUUUUUUAUUCAACCUGGUUCCUCUCCAGAGCAACGGCUAUCGCUGUGCUCCGCUGUUGCCUCGUAACCUUUCCCCUCGAUGGACUGGAAAGCAGCCACGGGGAGGACAGCAGAGCAAAGACACCUGAAACUGAUGUCUGUUCCCAAGCAGAUUCAAGCAUGAUGUCAAAUCACAACGUUUUUUUCCAUUUUCCUGGGGACCUGUGCUGUAAUAACUUGGAUGAUUUGAACUCUUCUGAAUGGAAAGCAGCUAUCACAGAGCAGCACUGACUCUUGACCUGCUGGACAGAACUUCUCUGGAACGCUCGAAGGAGACAAAUUGCUUUUUUAUUAAAAUGUUGCCCACAGAACACAGCCCAUAAUAUUACCAUUGUAUUAUAUAUUGUGUUUUUUUAGUAUUAUUUUUGUUAUCCCAACUGUAUACAAUAUCCAAAGUGAGAUGAAAUUGUCUUUUUUACUGUAAUUUCUGUCUGCAUUAAGUAUAAAACACACGCUCAGUUUUAAGGUGACCUUAAACAACUCAAGUGAUGAGUCAGGAGGGUCACUUGCUGGCACUAGCUGUCUUGACAGAGUGUGAUUAUUUUUAGAGUUCAAGAUGUUUGGUUUUUAUUGGGUGAGAUUCUGGACUUGGAUCCAUUUGCUUUUUGUUAUUGGCUGAGAGACGACUAAUACCGGCCAAGGCUCAGAUUAUGAGUGAUCACCAUACCUCUGCUGAAUAUGAAAAACAAGGACAUUAAUACAAAUGCAUAUAAUUAGUGAUAUAUAACAAUUACAGCUGUGUGCACGUGGGGGGAAGAGAAAGGACGUUAUACAACAAGUGAUACAGCUAUACGGUAUAUUCCUGAGUGUGAUGAUGACCUCGUCAUGAUCCAUGCAUAUUUACAAAGAUGUAAAUGCUUAUAUUAAGCUGGUGUCCCACAUGUACAAGCUCUCUGAAUCUUAUUUCUAAAACUGUAAGUGACAUUAUAAAACCCCUUUCAGACUGGUCCUAACCUCUUACCUUAUGCCGAAUUCACACCGGAUUAGCAGUGAAGUGCGGCCUGCGGCGAGCUACCAUGCAAUGUCUAUGAAAAGAUGCAGCAGCCGCCCCCGAGCUCAGCGAGCUGCAGCCAAACUAAAAGUUUAACUUUUAGCGGUGAAGUGCGGCCACAGAGGACAGAUCCUGUGAUUCCUGUGACAUGGUGACCUAUGUUACAAAGAAUUUCUUCCCGCCUGAAACACAUGAACACACCUCCCGGCCGCAGAAAAAUGCUGGCCGCACUUCGCCACUGCCUGGUGUGAAAUCAGCAUUAAAGGGAUAGUUCUGAUUUUUUGAAGUGGGGUUGUAUGAGGUACUUAUCCAUAGUCAGUGUAUUACCUACAGUAGAUGAUGGUCGGCAUGCCCCCAGUUUGGAGAAGCAGACAGGAGUUACUCUACGGAAGCAAAGCGGGGACGGGGGCAGCAGAAAAACGUAGUUUAGCCACCUAAAAGAAAGACCCAGCAGCGCUGAGCAACACACACAGACUUCGGCUGCAUUCAUUCAAAAUCCGGAAACACUGCACCUUCCCGCAGCGUUGUGUGAAGUUAGUUGUGUGUUUAUUUGUGUUUUAGAAUGUAACCGCCGGGAAACAAUCAGAUAAUAACGUUUUAUUUCUCUGAUUCGCUGCUUUGUUCUCCCUAACGCCGCUCCCUCACUUCAUUCACUCUGUAGCUUGCUCGACCAUCGCCACUCUCUGUCUCCCUCGCUCGCUCGUUGAGCCGACGAGGAGUAGUGAAUGCUGUGUGUUUACAACAGCAGUGGUUACAAAUUAUACCUUUAAACUGAUAUUGAUUUUUCAAUACGUCACACGUCCACAUUUUUCGUCCACAGCAGUACAUUGCUUUGCUUCCGUGCCGUAACUUCUGUCUGUUUCUCCAAACUGGGGGCGUGCCGACCGUCAUCUACUGUAGGAUACACUGACUAUGGAGAAGUACCUCAUACAACCCCACUUCAAAUCACCCCACCUAUCCCUUUAAGACAAAGCAGAUCAUUAAGACAAGUUACAUCCAACAUAUUUUUCACAGACAAUAACAUGCCUUAGAAUCCAGCCAGUUUCUGUUUCUCAUCAAUGCAGCUUAGGAAAAAAAAGGAGUUAGAGUUGGAUAUGAAGCAUGAAAUUAAUGAUUCCACCAAGUGAUCCGUGUGAACACAUAUUUCAUAACUUCCAGCUUUACAACAACAGAAUCUACUGUGGAGUAUCUGCUAAAGUUGCAUGUGCAGAGAAGAUGGAAUGUAUCUGGAACUUGUAAAACUGCAAUUGACAUGUUUAUUAGCAUACUAAAAUGGUAUAAUUUAACGUGUGUGUACGCAAAGCAGCUUUCCUGAGGAAAGCCGUUCUUUUUUUUUCCUGUUUUUACUCUGCCAGAGGUACAAUGAUGUUUUGAAGUUGAGCAUAAAACAUAGAAGUUAAGAUAAUAACCCUGGGGAAAUGUGCCUUUGAUAACUCUGCUUUUACCUCAUUCGAUUCCAGAUUUGCAGAUUUAUUUAAACGUCUUUCGUAACAUGUGGUCAGUGUUGUGUUGCUAGAUUGAAUAAAAGAGAAAAUGUUUUCAA